AUGAGAGAGGGGAAAGUGUUUUGUCAUGGCAGGUCAACGAACAUUGUAUCAGAACGCCACACCAUAAUAGAAGACCAUUGCGUGCUUUAUGAUCAUGUCCACCCUGCAGAAGAAAUUUCAUACUUCCCAGCACCUGCCAUGAGAGACGAGUACCAUGGCGGCUGGCCCACCAAGACUGUCACCGUAAGGCCUCUUCCUCCUCAUCAACAGGUACAGUAUUAUCCAUACCCCAACAUGGAUCAAAAUCAUGUUCCUCAUCCUCAUCAUCAGAUCAGAAGGCCUGUAAAGACGGUGGAAGUUCCAGCUCAGAAGCCUCAUCAGAUAAAGGACGGCGUUCUUCCUAGCACUGAGGCAGAUCUACGGGGGAGUGUCAAUUACUGA